CCCCCACCCCACCCUCCCUUCCCACCCGACCCCCAACCCCCAUCCCCAGUUGGAGCCGCCGCCCGAGACGCCGGGCCGUCGUCUUUGGAGGAGUCCCCGCCGCCGUCACCUCCGCCAUGGAGCUGAUCACCAUUCUCGAGAAGACCGUGUCUCCGGAUCGGCUGGAGCUGGAAGCGGCGCAGAAGUUCCUGGAGCGUGCGGCUGUAGAGAACCUGCCCACGUUCCUAGUGGAACUGUCCAGAGUGCUGGCAAAUCCAGGAAACAGUCAAGUUGCCAGAGUUGCAGCUGGACUACAAAUCAAGAACUCUUUGACAUCAAAGGAUCCAGAUAUCAAGGCCCAGUACCAGCAGAGGUGGCUUGCUAUUGAUGCUAAUGCUCGACGGGAAGUCAAGAACUACGUUUUACAGACUUUGGGCACAGAAACUUAUCGGCCUAGUUCUGCUUCGCAAUGUGUAGCUGGUAUUGCUUGUGCAGAGAUCCCAGUAAACCAAUGGCCAGAACUCAUUCCUCAGCUGGUAGCCAAUGUUACAAACCCCAACAGCACAGAGCACAUGAAAGAGUCCACAUUGGAAGCUAUUGGUUACAUCUGCCAAGACAUAGACCCAGAGCAGCUACAAGAUAAAUCCAAUGAGAUUCUGACUGCCAUAAUACAAGGGAUGAGGAAAGAGGAGCCUAGUAACAAUGUGAAGUUAGCGGCUACUAAUGCACUCCUGAACUCCCUGGAGUUCACCAAAGCAAACUUUGACAAAGAGUCCGAACGGCACUUUAUCAUGCAAGUGGUCUGUGAAGCCACACAGUGUCCAGAUACAAGGGUACGAGUGGCUGCUUUACAGAAUCUAGUGAAGAUAAUGUCAUUGUAUUACCAGUAUAUGGAGACAUAUAUGGGUCCUGCUCUUUUUGCAAUCACAAUUGAAGCAAUGAAAAGUGACAUAGAUGAGGUGGCCCUACAAGGAAUAGAAUUUUGGUCCAACGUCUGUGAUGAGGAAAUGGAUCUGGCCAUUGAGGCUUCAGAGGCAGCAGAACAAGGACGGCCCCCCGAGCAUACCAGCAAGUUUUAUGCCAAGGGAGCACUACAGUACCUGGUUCCCAUCCUCACACAGACACUAACUAAACAGGAUGAAAACGAUGACGACGAUGACUGGAACCCUUGUAAAGCAGCCGGGGUGUGCCUCAUGCUUCUGUCUACCUGCUGUGAGGAUGACAUUGUACCGCAUGUCCUUCCCUUCAUUAAAGAACAUAUCAAGAACCCUGACUGGCGAUACCGGGAUGCAGCAGUGAUGGCUUUUGGCAGUAUCUUGGAAGGACCGGAACCUAAUCAGCUCAAACCAUUAGUUAUACAGGCUAUGCCUACCCUAAUAGAAUUAAUGAAAGACCCCAGUGUAGUUGUUCGAGACACAACAGCUUGGACUGUGGGCAGGAUCUGUGAGCUGCUCCCUGAAGCUGCCAUCAAUGAUGUCUACUUGGCUCCCCUGCUGCAAUGUCUGAUUGAAGGCCUCAGUGCUGAACCCAGAGUGGCUUCAAAUGUGUGCUGGGCUUUUUCCAGUCUGGCUGAAGCUGCUUAUGAAGCUGCAGAUGUAGCCGAUGAUCAAGAAGAACCAGCCACCUAUUGUUUGUCUUCUUCAUUUGAGCUGAUAGUUCAGAAGCUAUUGGAGACCACAGACAGACCUGAUGGACACCAGAACAACCUGAGAAGUUCUGCAUAUGAAUCUCUAAUGGAAAUUGUAAAAAACAGUGCCAAGGAUUGUUACCCUGCGGUGCAGAAGACCACCCUGGUCAUUAUGGAACGACUGCAGCAGGUGCUUCAGAUGGAGUCCCAUAUCCAGAGCACAUCAGACAGAAUCCAGUUCAAUGACCUUCAGUCUCUACUGUGUGCAACUCUUCAGAAUGUACUCCGGAAAGUGCAGCAUCAAGAUGCUUUGCAGAUCUCUGAUGUAGUCAUGGCCUCCCUCUUAAGGAUGUUCCAAAGCACAGCUGGGUCUGGGGGAGUGCAAGAAGAUGCCCUGAUGGCAGUUAGCACACUGGUGGAAGUGUUGGGUGGUGAAUUCCUCAAGUACAUGGAGGCCUUUAAACCAUUCUUGGGUAUUGGAUUGAAAAAUUAUGCUGAGUACCAGGUGUGUUUGGCAGCUGUUGGCUUAGUGGGGGACUUGUGCCGAGCCCUGCAGUCUAACAUCUUACCUUUCUGUGACGAGGUCAUGCAGCUGCUCCUGGAGAACUUGGGGAAUGAAAAUGUCCACAGGUCUGUGAAGCCACAGAUUCUGUCUGUGUUUGGUGAUAUUGCUCUUGCUAUUGGUGGAGAGUUUAAAAAGUACCUAGAGGUUGUAUUGAAUACUCUGCAACAGGCCUCCCAAGCUCAGGUGGACAAGUCAGACUUCGACAUGGUGGAUUAUCUGAAUGAACUAAGAGAAAGCUGCUUGGAAGCUUAUACAGGAAUUGUCCAAGGAUUGAAGGGAGAUCAGGAAAACGUACACCCGGAUGUAAUGCUGGUACAACCCAGAGUAGAAUUUAUUUUGUCUUUUAUUGAUCACAUUGCUGGAGACGAGGAUCAUACAGAUGGAGUCGUAGCGUGUGCUGCUGGACUGAUAGGGGACUUAUGUACAGCAUUUGGGAAGGAUGUACUGAAAUUAGUAGAAGCUAGGCCAAUGAUCCAUGAAUUAUUAACUGAAGGACGGAGAUCGAAGACUAACAAAGCAAAAACCCUUGCUACGUGGGCAACAAAGGAACUGAGGAAACUGAAGAACCAAGCUUGAUCUGGUACCAUUGGGAUGAUGACCUGAGACCCCCACUGGAAAUCUCCAAUCUUUUGAAAAACCCGGAAGUGAGGAGUGUGCACGGAUGCUGAAUGUUUGGGAAUGAGAGGAUGAGUGAGUGAGGCGUGAAAACACCACAUUGAAAAUCCUGCCACAGCCGACAACAGCAGCGCUGUUAGUGAGCUAAGUAAGCACUGACUUUGUAGACAAACAUAACAUCAGCCAUCUUGGAACAGAGAAACAAUGGAUUUACUUACUUAUUAAAAACGAAAAAGCUGUCUCUUCCCAGGGGAGGCUAGAACUAGCUUUCCUGUCUUGGCGGUGCCGAAUGGGAUGACAGGUUUGGGAGAGGAGGACCUGGGUUCAGCUGUGGGGCUGUAUUGUAAAAGGCAGCCUGGCCUUUGCUACUGAGGAGAAAGAUGGAGCCCGGGUCUUGAGCCCACCUUCACUGUACCGUUGCACUUGGUACUGCACAUGUGCCUGUUAGAAGGCGCGUGGGGGAUUUCAGUCUGAGAAUGAGUGUGUGUGAGUGAGGCGGUGUCCACAUCUCAACUUCACGUCUUUGCAGUUUCUCUUCCCAGAAAACACAGGGGUUUGAUGUUGCAUUUCAUAAACUAACUGAAGUUCUGGCUACUGAUGCAGCACAAGAGACAUGUUUAAACAACAAAUGAGGAAAGACGCUCUUUUUAGGUUUGGUUUGGUUUCAUUUUUAAUUAUUCUAGGGAAACACUGACGAAUGGUCAGAGCUCCUGUCCUGAUCUUUUCAUCAAGGCGCCUUUCCUGAUACUGUGGUUCAGCUGUGGAUGUAGCUGUGGGGGGAGGGGGGAGAAAAGAAAACUCUGGAGUUAGAGGAUAUAGAAAAAUAAAAGUACAGUUGUUACAAAUAAAAUGCAGACUUCAAAGACAGAAAAAGCCACAACCCAAACCAAAUUUAAAUACUCGAAAAUUGGCAUCACAAAUAAGCUGUCUCCUGACUUACAUUGUGGCAGUCUGAAUGCCCCCAGAAAACUGUGCCAAAGAGUUUAGAGUACAAAUGUACAACAAAAGUAAAUACACACUCAAAACCGCAAACUUCAGGUAACUAUUUUGAAUUGCAAAUGACGAAAAUUUAAUGUUGAACGAUCUGAUAAAAUAACCAUUUGGAAACUG